UAUGGUUUAUAGUUUUUGUGGCCAGGUUGGGGGUAUACACCCAAAAAAUUUAUUUUAUAUUUUUUUGUUUAAAAUAAGAUUUGAUUUUGAGUCUCUCUAAUCCAAUUUCGUGAUUUUUUCCAUUUCAGUGUUAUAAGGUUUAAAAUUCAAUAUGUCUACUGAAGAAGUUACCACCCCUGAUGAUUUGGAAAAAGAACCUGAAUCAAAUUACAAACCUCCUCCAGAAAAGACUAUUGAUGAGCUGUUGCAAAUAGAUCAGGAUGAUGAAAGUUUACGCAAGUAUAAAGAGACUCUGUUAGGACAAGCAAAGGCUGGACCUAUUGUAGUUGAACCAGAUAAUCCAAGGAAAGUUAUAGUUAAACGAUUGGUUCUUGUGGUGGCAGAUCGACCUGAGCUGUCACUAGAUUUAACACGUGACCUCUCAAAAUUGAAGAAAGAGACCUUUACCAUUAAAGAGGGUGUGUCAUAUCGAAUUAGGAUUGAAUUUAUUGUACAAAGAGAAAUUGUACAUGGAUUGAAAUACAUUCAAAAGACAAGUAAAAUGGGAAUACCAGUGGACAAAAUGACACACAUGGUAGGUUCCUAUGCACCUAAGACAGAAAUGCAGUCAUAUACUACUCCUGCAGAAGAUGCUCCUUCAGGCAUGGUUGCUCGCGGUACUUACACAGUCUACUCUCUGUUUACAGAUGAUGACAAAAAUGAGCACCUUAAAUGGGAGUGGACGUUUGAAAUUAAAAAAGAUUGGAAAGACUAAGGAACACCUUGGUGCUAUUUUUCAAAGAAUAUUUUCAUAACGUAGAAAUAUCUUGUUUUUCUUUUUUUUGUGUAAAGCCUAAUUGCGGGUGCCACUGCGAGUAAUAAAAAAAACGGCAAGUAUUGUAGUCUUAGUAUUAAUCUGGAAGCCCGUUUUGUUAUUUUUCUACAUGUACUUUUAAAAUUUUUGAAAUAUUUAGCUGAUUGUGUGAAAUCAGUAAAACGGCCUUAAUAAUCAUAAAAAAAUUUUGUGUUGUGCAUUUUUAGAUGUUGUUGUUGCACUUUUGUAAAGGAAAUUUCUGCUCAGUGGUAAUAUUGUGUUAGGCUUGAGAAUAUUCAAUUUAAAGCCUUAAUUGCUCAGGUAAUAUAUACAACAACAAAAGCACCAAGACUGUCAAUUUGAUCUUACCUCACAUUGUUCAACUGAAUAUCAGCCAGUGCAGUGUUGCCAUUUGGUCGGAAAAACGCUUUUACCUAUGUAUUCUGGUUUUUCAAUUUAGACAGGGAGUUUUGGAUGUAUGGACAAAAAUUAACACAGAUGACACUCCAAUGCAUUAAACUUUUGCGCGACUUUUCUUAAAAAUAUCUAAUUUCCAAACACUAAGUAAACUGGAUUAAGUUAUAUAUUAUGUUUUAUUUAUUUUGAGGUCAAAAAGUACAAUAACCCCUUGGGGGACAUUAUUUCUUACUACCCUUCCAGUUUGAUAGGCCUUUUACCAAAACAAUCGACUUUGAGGCUUAUCUUGCAUAACUCGCAUUAGAUUUUUUUUCUGAGACACCCUGUAUAUUUAUACGGCAAUAAAAUCAUCAGAGAUAAAGGAACAAGUUAAUAAUAUGUUCUAAACUAAGCAUUGAAAUUAAGACAAUAUUAAAAGAUAUGGUGUGUUUAACGGAUAUGUUACGGUUAUAGCUUAAAACCAAAACGUUUUUGUAGUUAAUUAUUGAACAUAUUGUGUAUUUUUAUUCUGUACUGGUCUAUGCUU